AUGGCUAAAAACUCUUUAGAAAGAUACACUCAUUAUUAUGAAAGAUGGGCUACAAACCAAUUCUCUAGACAAAAGGCCCUGGCAGAUCUUCAGCAAAUGCAAAGCACACAUUAUUUUCAAAGUAAUGAAAAAGAUGAAGACGCUUCAGAGGCUGGAAAUGAACUUGUAGGAGUUGUCUCUGAUCAGAAUUUAUUGGAACUUCUGGAGUUAGCAAUGUCAUCAAACACAACUGAAACUAUGAAAAGAGCCAAAGAACUGAUGGAAUUGGGAGUUUACCAUAUGGUCCUCAUGUCGCAAACGGCUACACUUAUUAUGGACAUUGUUGCUGGAACAUAUCAAGUAAUUGAAGCUAGUGCUGACUCAUUGUUUGAUGGUAGAAGGUGUAACCUUCUCAACAACAACAUUCUACUUAAGAAGGUGAGUAAUCAAGAUUAA